AUAAAAAUAAAAAAAAAUCAAGUUAUUCUUGGUGUAAUUAAAUAUGUCUGCUAAAUGCCUUAGUUUAAAAUGUAAAUACUUCUGAAGUAGGCAUUGUUUUCUUUUUGUUUUUACAUUGAUAAAGCUGUCUUGAUGCUGUCUACAUACAGGCCUAUUUAAUGUAAAUUAAUUCAAGUAAUAAAAUGUUAUCUGAAUUGUGGGAUUUUUUUUCCUUUCUUUUAUUUUGUAUGUAGAUAAUAAAAGAAACACGUAAUUUAUGCGAAUUAUAAAACAAUUUCGAUCACAAAAAAGAAUGGGGAGUAUUUUGUUUUUAAAUAAAUCUGUUUUAUAGGGCUGCUGUUUCCUUUUUGCGCUGAACCUUUAUUUAAAAUAUUCCAAGCGCAUUACAUUUAGGCUUCCGUUGUCACGUGACCAAAAAACGGGUCCAAUAGCGAGCCAGAAUGGAUUAGUUUGCGGAAGUCAUCGUGUUCUAUAAACGCAUUUAACGGGGGAUUUAGCCUUUUUAAAAUCAGUUUUUAGCUAUAAAUGGUCCUUUGCUUUGGUAAUUUAUCCAUGAUCUCGCCUCCGUUUUAGAAGAUGGACGCAAAGAAACUUCCAAUAUAUCACCAGAAAAACAAAUUAAUUCAGGCCGUUAGGGAAAACUCUUUCUUGAUAGUUAGUGGAGAGACUGGAAGUGGAAAGACGACACAGCUUCCACAGUAUCUUUAUGAAGCGGGUUUUUGCAAAGAUGGCAAAAUCGGCAUCACCCAGCCCCGCAGGGUGGCUGCCAUCACAGUGGCCCAGAGGGUAGCUCAGGAGAUGCACUGCUCUCUGGGAUUAGAAGUUGGAUACCAAGUACGCUUUGAUGAUUUCACAACACCAAGCACAGUGGUGAAGUACAUGACAGACGGCUGUUUGCUCCGUGAGGUGCUGGCCGACCCUGCGCUCUCCGCUUACGGCGUUAUAAUUCUGGAUGAAGUUCACGAGCGCAGCCUCAACACAGACAUUCUGCUGGGCUUGUUGAAGAAAGUCUUUUCCAAUCCUCAUACGGCCUCUAAAGGGAGGUCUUUCCCUCUGAAGGUGGUGGUGAUGUCUGCCACCAUGGAAACAGACAAACUGUCUGUUUUCCUCAACAAUUGUCCUGUUUUCACUAUUCCUGGACGGGUUUACCCUGUUACCUGCAAAUUUGGUCAGGCUGUUGGACCCAAGGACCUGGAGAGCACAGCUUAUGUGAAAGAGGUGGUGAAAGUGGCUCUGAAUGUGCACACCACUGAAAUGGCCGGUGAUAUUUUGGUGUUUUUGACAGGCCAAGUAGAGAUUGAGCGUGCUUGUGACCUGUUGUUUGAGAAAGCAGAGUGCAUCGAUUAUCGCUACGAUGUGUACGACCGAACAGUGGAGGGCCUUCUCAUUCUCCCCCUUUACGGAUCCAUGCCCACUGAUCAGCAGAAGCAGAUUUUUCAGCCACCUCCUCCAGGAAUAAGGAAGUGUGUUGUAGCCACUAACAUUGCAGCAACAUCCCUGACUAUAGAUGGCAUAAAGUAUAUUGUAGACAGUGGCUUUGUAAAGCAACUCAACCACAACUCCAGGGUGGGCUUGGAUGUGUUGGAAGUUGUUCCUAUUUCAAAAAGUGAGGCCCGUCAAAGAGCCGGCCGAGCUGGAAGAACUUCUGCCGGAAAAUGUUUCCGAAUUUACACGACGGAGUUCUGGGAGAAGUGCAUGCCCGAAUAUACAGUCCCUGAGAUUCAGAGGAGCAGCCUGACUGCAGUGAUUCUCACACUCAAGUGUCUCGGCAUUCAUGAUGUGAUCAGGUUUCCUUAUCUGGCCUGUCCCGAGGAGAGAUUCAUCCUCGAGGCAUUGAAACAGCUCUACCAGUUUGAUGCCAUUGACAGGCGGGGUAAAGUGACUAAAUUGGGUGAGCUGAUGGUGGAGUUCCCGCUGCACCCUGGCCUGACACGGGCUUUACUUAAAGCCGCCUCGCUUGGCUGUCAGGACCUGUUGCUCCCCGUGGCCGCCAUGCUGUCUGUGGAGAACAUCUUCAUCAGGCCAGGUCAGCCUGAGAAGCAGAAGGAGGCGGAUCAGAAGCACAAGGCGUUGGUUGCUAAAACUGGCAGUAUGAACGACUUUGCACUGCUGCUCACAGUGUUCCAGUCUUGUAAAUCCAGUGACAGACCCUCGGCGUGGUGUAAGGACAACUGGAUCCACUGGAGGGCGCUAAAGUCAGCCUUCAGUGUGGAGACUCAGCUGCGGGAGAUUCUCCUCCGCCUCCAGCAGAGAAGGGAUUUCCCAGUAGAAACAUUUGAUGGUAAUAAAAGUGAACUCUUCAGACAGUGUCUGUGCACGGGGUACUUUACAAAUGUUGCCAGAAGGUCUGUUGGAAAAGUGUUCUGCACCAUGGAUGGCCACGGAUCCAUGGUUCACAUUCAUCCAUCGUCAUCGCUGUUUGAGCAGGAGACGGAGCUGAACUGGGUCAUUUUCCACGACGUGAUGGUGACCUCGCGGGUCUACAUCCGGACGGUGUGUCCCAUCCGGUACGACUGGGUGAAGGAUUUGCUGCCGAAGCUUCAUGAGGUGGACGUCUACGAACUGAGCAGUGUUGCAAGAGAGGAAGUUACUGAUGACGAGAUGAAGAAAUGGGAGACCAAAGAGGCAGCAAAAAGACAACAAGACGUCUCAAAUGAAGAGGUCAUGAAGAAGUUGGAAAAACGAAAUAACGAAGCCACAGUCAGUGAUGCCCGAGCUCGCUACUUGGAACGAAAGAAACAGAGACAACAGAGCAAAGCUCUCUGACUUUAAAGACUUCUCACUGAAAGAUUCUGUGACUCUUGUUUUGAUAACAAAAACAAUAAAGGUUUAUUGCGCUGCCUUUUA